AUGGAGAGCUUACUGAAGGUUGGUUCCAUUGUACAGAGUAUAGCCCUGUGCUUGAACACCAGGGACUACCUUAAUUUUAGGACAAUAAACAAAGAGGUGCACAAUGAACAUUUAAACUUGCAGUUUGAUGAAGAGUACUACUCAAGGAAAUUGAGAUCUAUGGGGUUUGAUUACACAGGAAAGGCGGACGAACAAUCUGAAGCUCAACUUUUUGAUGCCAUUGAUCUCAAGAACCUUGCACCGGUGAAUGUAUUUGAUGAAAUAAAAGAUUUUAGGUCCGGAGAUUCCUUAAAGUUAUACCAGUUAGUCUAUGGAAUGUUUCAAUGUUACUGUGAUAAGUUGUAUAGGAAUAAACUCACUAACUUUUUUCCAGCACCAUAUGAUAAGGACCCGGUAUUUCAAGGUAAAAUACUUGCAAAUAUUCAAACUUAUAAUAAAUCAAACAUUAACGACCGACAGUACUAUGAUGAAGUUCUCAUGCAUUUUAAAGUCUUCAAAGAAGUUUUCAUUAAUUCCUGUCUAAACGAAAUUGAUUUGAAUUAUUCAAAAGGCAAUUAUGAUACUGUGGGGACGUUCUUCAAUGUGUUACUGCUUAGCGACGAGAAAAACGUUGCUGUAGAUUUCUUUAACUCCAAAGUAGAGUAUCCCGCUGUAAAUAUUCCAUCACAAAAUGAACCACUCGACGAAUUACAAAUAAAUGCAGUCCUUAACCCUCUAAAAGACUUUCUGAACGAAAAGAUUAAAAUAAUCGAUGCCCUAUUUUCGGACCGAUACCCAAUGGUUUUUACGUUUUAUGAAAAUUUUAUACAGCAGACAUUAUUAGAAGUCAUAAGCAAGCUUUUAGAAAUGCCAAACGAAUGCAACGACGACGAAGAAAUAUUUCCAGUAAUAUAUUUCAAGGUAAUUGAAAAAUUAUGUGAUGAACUGACUGAUUCCAAAAACGGAGAUACAGUCGAAGGUGCUCCAGAAGACAAAGAAUCGUUCCGCGAGUCAAUCAAAUCUUUGUUAAACGUUUAUCUGGAGCCGAAAAUUCUUACGUAUUUGGCACAGUCCACAACUCAAUUUGAUAAAAACUUGAAAAAACAAUUCAAUAACUUCAAACUCGAGCAAGAAAAUAGAAGAGAAACAGAACUACUGACAAACAACGCAAUGAUAGACCUUACCGAUGCCAAUAAAAGUGAUGACGACAACAAGAAUAACUUUCUAAAUUCUUUCACGAAGAUGUUUAGAAUUACGAAUAAGUCGAACGCUGAUGAUCAAUUGAACAGUAAUCUAGACAAUCUAGUUAAUCAAAAUUUACAGAAUAUUAAGAAUUUGAUUAACUUGGAACUGUGCUAUAAUGUAGUCCAGCAGACCCGUGAUAGAAUCAAUACAUUUUUGAAGUUUAAGUGCGUCCGAAAAUUGGAAGGGAUAAUUAACGACAAAUGCGAAGAAGUUUUCAAAACUUUGAUCAACAUCCUAAAUGAAGAUCACGUCAAGCCAGCCUUUCAAAGAGCUAUUAGUUUGCUGGAGGCUUACAAUUCCGAUGAAUCCAAUGUGUUUACAAGCGGAGAACUCCAAGCGAAACAAUCGGUCGAACCGUUGGUAAACUUUGCCGAACUGAUCAAUACCGGUGAUAUUAUAGUACAAAUGAUUUCCAUUUUUUACAAAAAUGAAAUGAUCGGAAGCAAAAUAAUAGAUUCUAAGAAUCAAUCCACGAAAAAUAUAUGGCAAAAUCAGCUCAUUCAGAGUAAGAAAAACUUCGAAACGACCUUGGAUGAUUUUGUUGCUGAUGGCCUUAAUAUCGGUAUAAAUAAAUUGCUGGAUCAGAUCCAGUUUGCAUUCGAUACUACCCAACUUCCAACGGACUACUACCCAUCUCCAAAUGAAGCCGCCAAAGACAUAAUACCGACCGAAUGUGCUAGAAAAGUAGUUUCUAUUCUGCUUAACCAUUGUUUUCUUUUAACUGGCGCAACAGACAAAGGAACCAUAGACGUUUAUCAGCAGGAAAUAGGGAAAAGAUUCUUUAAGUCUCUGGUUGAGCAUAUCAAAAAACAAAUUAUUUCCACGACAGGGGCAGUUCAGUUGAUCUGUGACAUUAAUUGUUAUUACGAGUUCAUAAGCGAAAAACUACGGCAGAAGACAAUUGUUCCUUACUUCCAAAGUUUGAAAAACGUUUGUUCCCUCUACUUAAUCGAUACAAAGGACUCCAAGGAACUUGGGAGGCUAAUUUGCGAUCUUGGAAAGUUUCAAGGAGUCUUCACCCAAGAAGAAAUUUACGAAUUUGUUCAACGAAGACAGGACUGGAUUGCUGUGAAGCGUGAUGUACAGAAAGUCAUGUAUGGCCUUGGACUGAAGGACUGUAGGGUGAUGUAA